GGGGGCGAAGAUCGAUGAAGAUUAUUGUUCUUUUUAAGGAUACCUUAGCUUCCUCCCGCCGCCUCUCUGAGCUUUCCUGCUAGAGACCGCGAACAGUCAGGGAUGUGAGGAGAGGGGGAAAAACGCCAGGAGCUCCAGCCAGCCGGGGAGACCCUCCUCUCCGUGGAGGGGAGGGGGAUUUCCAGCGACAGAUCAUUGGCGAAGGGGACCGUCGCAGGGAGAGGAGCCCCGGAGGGAGCGGGGAAUCCCACAACCCUUUGUGGCGCCCGAGCCCGUGCCGCCUGCUGAGCGGGGUCUGUGGGAGCUAGUUGUGUCUCUGGAAAUGCCUGCCUCAGAGGGAUAUCGCUUCAGCUGACCCUCCCACAGCUCAUUCUUCUGAGGAGCCUGGCUCUGCGGCUUUGUCCUGUUCAAAAUGGCAGAAAAGGUCCCCCCUGGCUUAAACAGGAAAACUUCAAGGUCGACACUCUCCCUUCCACCGGAACCUGUGGACAUCAUUAGGAGCAAGACGUGCUCGCGGAGGGUUAAAAUCAACGUGGGGGGCCUCAACCACGAAGUGCUGUGGAGAACGUUGGACCGGCUGCCCCGGACGCGCCUGGGGAAGCUCCGGGACUGCAACACGCACGAGAGCCUCCUGGAGGUGUGCGACGACUACAACCUCAGCGAGAACGAGUAUUUCUUUGACCGGCACCCGGGGGCCUUCACUUCCAUUUUAAAUUUCUACCGGACAGGGAAACUCCAUAUGAUGGAAGAAAUGUGCGCUCUCUCUUUUGGCCAAGAGCUUGAUUACUGGGGGAUUGACGAGAUCUACCUGGAGUCCUGCUGCCAAGCCAGGUAUCAUCAGAAGAAGGAGCAGAUGAACGAAGAGCUGCGGCGGGAGGCCGAGACCAUGCGCGAGAGGGAGGGAGAAGAGUUCGAUAACACCUGCUGCCCGGAGAAGCGGAAGAAGCUCUGGGACUUGCUGGAGAAACCGAACUCGUCAGUGGCCGCAAAGAUCUUGGCCAUCGUGUCUAUCCUGUUCAUCGUGCUCUCCACCAUCGCCCUGUCUCUCAACACGCUGCCAGAGCUGCAGGCGGUGGAUGAAUUCGGACAACCCAACGACAACCCCCAGUUGGCCCAUGUGGAGGCUGUGUGUAUUGCUUGGUUUACCAUGGAGUACCUCUUACGCUUCCUGUCCUCACCAAAUAAGUGGAAGUUCUUUAAAGGCCCUCUAAAUGUCAUUGAUUUGCUGGCCAUCUUGCCCUAUUACGUCACCAUCUUCCUCACGGAGUCCAACAAGAGCGUGCUGCAGUUCCAGAACGUGAGGCGCGUGGUUCAGAUCUUCCGGAUCAUGCGUAUCCUCAGGAUCCUGAAACUCGCCAGACAUUCCACAGGCCUGCAGUCUCUGGGGUUCACCCUCAGACGGAGUUACAACGAACUGGGCUUACUGAUCUUAUUCUUGGCCAUGGGGAUAAUGAUAUUUUCCAGCCUGGUAUUUUUUGCUGAGAAGGAUGAAGAUGCUACCAAGUUCACCAGUAUCCCCGCGUCGUUUUGGUGGGCCACCAUCACCAUGACCACCGUGGGCUAUGGUGACAUUUACCCGAAAACGUUAUUAGGGAAAAUCGUGGGAGGCCUCUGCUGUAUUGCGGGGGUUCUGGUUAUCGCUCUUCCCAUCCCAAUCAUCGUGAAUAAUUUUUCUGAGUUUUACAAGGAGCAGAAACGCCAGGAGAAGGCAAUUAAAAGGAGAGAGGCUCUUGAGCGGGCCAAGAGGAACGGAAGCAUUGUUUCUAUGAACUUGAAAGAUGCCUUUGCCCGAAGCAUGGAACUGAUCGACGUGGCCGUGGAGAAGGCAGGAGAGUCAGCCAGUACCAAGGACUCGGCGGAUGAUAAUCACCUGUCUCCAAGCCGCUGGAAGUGGGCCAGGAAAGCGCUGUCGGAGACGAGCUCCAACAAAUCUUUCGAGAACAAGUACCAGGAGGUCAGCCAAAAAGACUCCCACGAGCAGCUGAACCACACCUCCUCCUCCAGCCCGCAGCACCUGAGUGCCCAGAAGCUGGAGAUGCUGUACAACGAGAUCACCAAGACACAGCCGCACGCUCACCCGAACCCCGACGGCCAGGAGCAGCCCGAGAGGCCGUCUGCGUACGAGGAGGAGAUAGAAAUGGCCGAAGUGGUCUGCCCGCAGGAGCAGCUGGCCGUGGCACAGACCGAGGUCAUCGUGGACAUGAAGAGCACCUCCAGCAUAGACAGCUUCACCAGCUGUGCCACCGACUUCACGGAGACCGAGAGGUCGCUCCUGCCGCCGCUGUCCGCCUCCCACCUGCAGAUGAAGUUCCCACCCGACCUCACGGCGACGGAAGAGCACCAAAGAGCCAGGGGGCCCCCAUUUCUAACACUAAGCAGAGAGAAAGGGCCCGGGGCCAGGGACGCCAUCCUGGAAUACGCUCCAGUCGACAUAACUGUGAGCCUCGAGGCCGGCGCUUCCCAAAGUGGGCUCCACGGCACUUUGCAGUCGGACGGCACCUCCGAGAGCCCUAAGAGUUCGCUGAAAGGCAGCAACCCCCUGAAAUCCAGAUCGCUCAAAGUGAACUUUAAGGAAAACAGAGGCAGUGCCCCCCAGACCCCGCCCAGCACAGCCAGGCCCCUGCCGGUCACGACGGCUGACUUUUCACUCACCACCCCCCAGCUCAUCAGCACCAUCCUCCUCGAAGAAACCCCCUCCCAGGGAGACAGACCCUUGCUGGGCGCUGAGGUAGCCGCACACUGUCAGGGACCUUCCAAAGGGCUGACCCCUCGGUUUCCCAAGCAGAAACUCUUUCCUUUCUCGUCAAGAGAGAGGAGGAGCUUCACGGAAAUAGACACUGGCGAAGACGAUGACUUCCUACAGCUCCAGGGGCCCAGGCAGGACAAGCAGGCUGACUCCAGCCCAAACUGCUUUUCAGAUAAACCUAGUAGUGAUGGAAGAGACCCUUUGAGAGAAGAGGCCUGUGGGGGCUCUUCCUCCCCCCAGGACACAAGUCACAACUGUAGGCAGGACAUUUACCAUGCUGUGGCGGAAGUAAAAAAGGACAAUAGUCAAGAAGGGUGCAAGAUGGAAAACCACUUGUUUGCCCCAGAAAUUCAUUCCAGCCCGGGAGACACAGGUUAUUGUCCCACACGUGAAACCAGCAUGUGACUAGUUACAAAAGCAAUAAUAAUAAUAAUAAUAAUAAUAAAACUUGUUUCUUAAAAAUGCGGUAAUAAUGCCUGUGAACUAAAAACAUGGGAGGCCCCCCACAAAAAAAAGUGCAUAAAAUGUUAUUUUUGCAUGGCAUGAGCAGUUUAGUUUAAGUACUGUUUAAAUAAAGAGUCAAGACUGCAUUUUGUAACAAACAAAAAUGACUGAGGAACAGUGAACAAAUAAAGAGAGCUCUAUUAGGAACCAGUAUUCUGCAAUGUCUGACAUUUUUGAUCCUUUCAUUUCAAAUUGUAGACAGAUUUUCAACUUUUAACUUUUCUGUUACAAUGAAUUUUAGAAUUUGCACAUGAAAGGAUGAAAUGUCAUUGCAUGCAUUCGUAAUUAUGAGGACCAAGGUGCUUUGAGCUUGCAAAAUGCCUAACUUUGUAAAUAAUGGGACCCAGGAUGCAAAAUUGUCAAGAACAUAUGGAAACAAGUUUCUGAGACACAGACACCUUCCUUCACAGCUGCCUGGAGGAGCUGUACAGACUUCUUGUUGCAAAAUUGCAACCUCUUCUUAAACCAUCUCACAUAUCUUGCUUUGGGUUAUAAAGCUCUUAAAAGUACAUUUGUUUAAAGGAAUACAGUAUUUUUAUUGUGAUAUAAUCCAUAGAGUGCAUUUUUCUUUUGUGCUUCUGCUUACUUGUGGCACUUGUGGUUUUAUUUAUAAGUCAUGCAAAUAGGCAAGAUUUAAUGACCAGAUAUCGACAAAUUUGGAAUUGAAGCUUGAAAUUUUGCCAAUUACAUAUCCAAUUUUGCCACAGCCUAAAACCCUGAAAAUAUGUCAAAGGUUAUAUCAUACAACUAAACUUUUUUUUUUUUAAUGUCUCUCCACAUUUGGAAAUCGGGUUUUUUGUUUUUUGUUUUUUAAGUUGUAUGUUCACCAUCGAAAGAUGACGGUAUUUUCCACUUGAAGCCAACGUAAACUUUGCUAUCUAAAGAAUGCAGAUAUGCCAAAACGGGAAUUCCAAAAAGUGACUUUUGACAAACUGAAAGCAAAGCUAUUUAAGUGAGACCGCCACCCCCACAUAGUUAGUUGGGUUCAGAAAUGAGUUACCAUAAAAAGAGUUCUCGGCUGGUAAGGGGUCGCCCCAUAGUUCCCAGUGGGGGGAGGGAACACCGCAACUCGAAGAGCCCUACGGAGGCUGGUAGGCACCUGCAGCCAUUAGCAGCAACUAGAAACACCCCCUCACGUUCCCAGCGUCCUCAAGCUUCAUCAGGAAUACCCUUGUUGAAAGGCACUUCCAGCAUUUUCGACUGAAAACACUGAAAUCCAGAGGAGUUAAGAUACAUGCUGGUGGUUACCCUGUUGGUGAAGUCUGUGCUAAGCACCCAGGUCGGUUGAAUCCGUUUUGCUUCGCAGGAAAUAAAGGCUCUCAUUCCAGAUCCGCAACUACCAGAUGCGUGAUUCUGGUUAAGCCUUGAAAACUUCUUAGUCUCAGUUUUACCCCAAUAAACCCAAGAGAGAAUUAUUUCUCAGGUCCCUUAAGACUUCAAGUUAAUACGAUUCCUUGGUCUCUCAGGAAUGUCCAAGUUUUGCCUCAGCGUAAUGCAUUUUGUACGUGUGUGUGCCCGUGCGUGUAUGUGAGAGUGUGUGUGUGUGUCUGUGUGUGUGUGUGUGUGUGGUUCAUAGAAAGAGUUGGGAAAAUUCCGGACCAAAUUUAAAGCGCAACUUUUGUUUAAAGAAAAAACAAAUUCUAAAUUGUAUUCUAUUUUUUAAAAUACGAUAAAAACACUGGGAAAAGACAACCCAAAUGUUUAGAAUUUAAGGCUUUAGGAAUGACAUUUAUUAACUGAAUCUGGUCAUUAUAUCUCAGAUAAGAAAACAAGUUUUGAUCUUAGCUGAAAUCCAAACAUCCCUACUGUUAAAAACAAUUUUAAAUGUUUCUCUUUCACUGUGCUUAGAAUUCCUUAAUGGGUUUCAUGUUUGCCUCAAGACAUAACCUUGAAGGGUUUAUGGUCAUUAGCCGUUGAUAUUUGCAGUCCUCAUACUUAUUUCAGUGUCUGAAAUGAAAUGUUGAUCUGGUUUUGUAAAUCUAGAGUGUUCGAAUUUUCUACAUGUAGUUUUUCAAGUCAAACAGGUAUGUCUGCUGUUAGAUGAAUAGCAAAUAAGUUAUGAAAAUCAUUUUCUUUACAUACUCUUACAAAGCAGUUAUUUUCUAAUGUCUCUGUAUUUUUGAAUCUCAAUUUUUUUCUUUUAUCUGCCUGCACAGGUGGAUUUGUCUUAUUGCCCUGAUAGUUCACUAAUGCCCACUUUCAUGUGUCUAUUAGAACCCUGCUCCAGAACGCUUAAUCUUAGAAAUCUUGCCUAGACAAGGAAUCUAGACAUUCCACCCUGGAAUCAUUUUCCCUAAAAACUUUUUUCCUUUUAAUAUUUUUUUUAAGUUUCAAAGAAUUUUCAAGAACAUUUUAUGGGAAGCUUAACCUUCCAUUCUUCUUAGCCCCUCUGAGCCAAAAGUCUUCAGCUAGGAGAAAAAUAAAAUGCUCCUCUAAAACAAAAACAAAAACAAAACAAAACAAAACAAAACAAAAACUGACUUUGUUGUUUCACAGGGAGGCAGUUUGGGAACCAAGGGCUCCCAGAAUGCACUUCUGCAGCACUUCCUAAACCUUUCCAAUGAACUGCAGCUGACGCAGAGAAUGAACGUUGUGUAUGCCUGAAAUGGUCUGCAAAUAUACCAAGCACAGAAUUCUUUUGAAGUCUUAUUUUUACAUUAAAAAUUCAUGUAAAUGCUGCAUUUUACUCCAUAUGUUUCAAUAUAAAAGAACUGAUGUUUUAUAUUGCUUAUCGACUAGUAAAAUUGAUACUCUUAUAACUUCAUAUACCUCUUUUGUACCCCUUGGAAAAUAUGUCCCUAGUUUAAGAAGCACUGCAUGGAUGAUGGGAACAUAGACUGGUUCCUUCAGGCGCGCUGGAGGUUUCUGCUACGGGGAAUGGGUACUCACCGGGAGCUAGCUCAGUGACCCAGGGACGAAUGUCAGUGAGUAGAGAAUAUUUGAAUGAACUCAGAAUAACACGAUCUCAAGAAUGGUUAAUUUGAUUCUUCUAGCUAUCUUAACAACCAGUGCAAACGGCCACAAGAUCAUCUUAGCUCAAAGACUGAGAUCAAUCAUGAAAGUCAGGAAAUGGAUACAUGGAUAAAUGUCUUGGAUCACAAAUACAAGAGUGACAUCAGUCAGUGAGGCCCUGGAGUUGAUCUAGUUUGUCUCUAAAUAUUUCCACUAGAAAUUUCUCCACUCUGGCAAAACCAACUGCUGUGAAGCAAGCAAUUAGAUCAAGCGUUAUCCUGAUAUGACUAGAUCUGGUAACAAGGAGAGUAUAUGCCAAGUAUCUGUUCCCAUUAAUUUCUUGUCAAAACAGUCUCAUUCUCAUGCAGACACAGGCUGGGGAAAGCCACCAACUCAACUAUUUUCUCUAGGAAUUUGAAUAGGGGAAAGAAAGCCUUAUGGAUGUAGAGUACCUUCCAGUUUCUUCUUGAACUUAAUCCUCACAGCAGCCUUCUGAAUUAGGUAUUAUUUAUCAGUAAAGGACCAGAGAGGUUAUGCAUUUUGUUCAAAUUGACACAGGUCACUGGCGAAUAGUAGAACCUGGCUUCAUUCAUAUCGUCUGGUGUCAAGUCCGUCAUUCCAACAUACCAGAGUAUGUUUCGUUAGGUUUUUUUCCUAUUAGUACCUGAAAUUAUGUUAAAAAAAAAAAACAAAACAAAACCUGGAGGUGCAUUUAUAGCCAUGCUGAAAGUUUGCUGAAAGUAGCAGUGAAUCAUGCCAAAUGGUAAUGACUGAAGACAAAUGACACUGACCAUCUUCAAUACAAAUGUUUGCCAAUUUAGAAUUCUGGUCAUAAGAGCCACACCCUUGGGUGAAAGAAAAGAAUUCAUAGCUCAUGAUGUAACAUGACAUACAUAUCAGGAAGAGGGCUGAAGGAAGCCACCUGAUUUUCUGAAACAAAAACAAGUAGAAUUUUAGAACUACUUCUAGUCUAAUUUCAAAAAUGUUGUCGAACUGAAUUUAAUUGCCAUUUCAUUGUUCAUUCAUUCAGCAAAUACUAGGUAAGCACCCCUAUAUUACUCAAUACUAGGUAUUAAACCCCUAAAUGCGAGGUGAGCACCUCUGUAUUCCACAGAAGGCACCCUGCUUGGUGCUAGGGUACAGCCCUUGUCCUCAUGGAGCUUACUGCCUGGGCCAUUUACAGCCAGGCUGAGGAUCAUUUGGGUUACUGAAAAAUGUCUCUUCUGAGUAUAGAAAAAAAAUCACUCGAUUAUCAAACCGGAGAAGCAGAUGACAAGAACAAGUGAAAUGCUUUUCCAGCAAACUGUUUUUCUAAGAAAUAGACAGAUGGCAUAAAUGGAAGUCUGAUAUAUAAUUAUUUUUGAGUCACAAUUUAGAUUUACAUGAGAUAACAAACUGUUAACCUGAUUGAGUGAGGUUAUGGGUUGUCUUUCCUCUUUAUCUGACAAAUCGUAAAAUAAUUUUUUAAUUAGAUAUAAUGCUUGUCAAAAUAGCUAGUAAUGGUCUAUCACUAAUAACUAGAGCAAGAUUUAAUACCAGUGGAAGUCUGUAACACAUUUUCUAUUUUAAUAGUUUGAUGACCGUUAUGUGGUUAAAAACAAACCAUUUUUAUGGUUUGUCUUACUUCCCAUUAACUACAGGCAACGUUUUAGCUAUAUAUCACUAUUCUUUGUUUAGCCCUCUGAAUUUCUAAAUUGAAGAUAUUUAAAAUUCUAUUAUAUAGCUUGACUCAAGGGAUUUAUUCACCAGAUCCAUGUGACUUUGAAAAUACAUUAGAUAUUCUUCCACUGCCACUGUCCUCACCCAAACAGAACUAAGAAAAGAAAAGAAAAAGAAAGAAAAAGAAAAAGAAUACUCUACAAAAUCUAAGUAAAAAAUGGAAAUGCUCCAAGCCCAUCCCUAAUAGGAAAGAGGAAAGGCCCCAACUCCAAAAGCUUGGUUCUGUGUUAUUGAAUUUAAUGCUUACUGUAAUGUAAUGCUAUCCUGCAAUGUAACGCUAUUGGUUUCAAUAACCAUUUCUUCUACUUGCCUUUUUAAAAACAGCCUGAGUUAACUGCAUAAAUCCUUAUUUACCAUUACCAUUAAUGCAUAAUCCCUUCCUUCUUAAAUCUCAAGGGGUUUUAAUCUACAAAAAUACCUAUAAAGUGAGGUGGGGGAGAUUCUCUUUAAUAAUAAGACAACCCAAGGCCAGCAAAAGAUACAAGUACAAAAAAGAAGGAAGAAAAAGAAAUGUGUGAGUAAAUUAAACAUGUUUUUUAAGCAGAGAAAUGUAUAUUAGGCAUGUGUAUAUGCUUUUAUAAAAUUUAGAUUUACUAUUGACAUGAAAUUCACAAUUGAGACCAUCAUUCCAAGUUUAAUCUCUCUCCUGAAGAAAUUAUUUCUUAUGAUAUAACCAGUACCAGAUUGUUGUGAUAAAAUAUUUCAUUCAACUAACAUUUAUUGUCUACCAUGGGCCAGAAAUUAAUUUAUGCACAGUUUAUCCCCUCAAUUUUACAGUCUAGAAGAGAUUUCAUAUUUAAAGAGAUUAUAUUCCCAAGUGAAAUCCAAUCCCACAGUGUGAGCUGGAAAUAAUAUGGCGAUAUGUUUGAAUUUGUAGUCUGAGAAUUCCUAUAACCCAUUUUUAUGUUCCCUCAGACUCGAAUUACGUAUUUCAUUCCCUACUCUAGGAUCUGAAUGACCAUCACAUACGCUUUCUACACAUACAUGUUUAAAAUCAUAGUAGCUGUCUGAAGCCUAGUGACAGUGUAUCUCAAUGGAGAUAGUACCCUCUUCCACCAAAGGAAAUGUGAUUCUAGCAAAAAUGAUGUUGAAAAUCAUUGUUUUUAUACUCUCAUAACUGUUCUGUUUGAUUUUUUAAAAAUCUCAGCCUACAUGCUGUGAUAGAAGCCAUCACAACCUGCUGGUCUGAUGAAAAUCUAAUGCCAGUCCAAACAAGUAGCUCUCCCAUCCGCAAUGGGCAGUAAUGGCAAACGAUAUGUCGAAUGGUGUUUCUUUUAGUUAUUUUUGUUUCACUUUAACCUAAAAAGGCUUUGAAAUGGCAUACCAAACAAUAAAAAUAGACUUUCAAAAUCAAGAUUCAGAGAAACAGACACAGAAUCGUGAAAACAGACCAGAGGUAGACACGCAGUUCCAGAAAGGACGUCACGGGCUACCAUCUGCUGUUGAUUCUCCAUGUUGAGUGCCUUCUAGUUGUCGGUCUGAGAGCCAGUGGAAUUCUCCAUUUGCCCGGAAAGGAAGCGGUAAUGAGGCCCUGAAAGAAAGUUUUCUACCAUUUUACACCUUCCGUUAUGCGUGCACGUAGCCAAAAAUCACAACUACAUCCUAGAUGUUUUUUCAGUGAUCACUUCUCAGUUUUCUUUUUCUUAUUCCAAAAUAUCUGAUAAGACUGUUGCUACUUUCUGCACAGCACUUUCAGAAUAUAGCUACCUACCGCCUCCAAAUCAAAACAGAAUCACAGGUUUGGCUAAAUAUUUAGCGGUGCCCUAACGUGGACUCUGACGACAUGGUAAAUGCUACUUUGACCUUUCCACGAUGAGCAGGAAGUGAGAGAGAACUCAAAAGAGUGGUUUUUGUUUUUAAGAAUCAUGAACCUGUGAAGAUAAAGUCAUUCGGUUGAUUAACUCCAAAACCCACAGUCUCCAUUCUUCCUGAAGUUUACAAAUAGAACCCGAAAUGCCCCUGACUUGACCCCAGUGAAAAAAUAGAUGGUUUCUAAACUCCCAAGAGACACCUGUGGGUGCUGGCCAGAAAUUCUAUUACAGCCAGAUUUCUGCCAUCUUUAAACCAAGUUACUUCUAACAUUCUUAUUUGCAGCAUAUGGGUUAGGCUGAUUUCAACCUGCAAAUACUCACAUCAUAAUGUUUAAUUAGGAGGAUUUUUGUAAAGGAAACAGAUACAUAGAAAGUAAUAUGUACUAAUGUUAACCAAAGCACUUCUCCAACAAAAUGCGAUUGCCAAAAUUAAUAUAUAUAUGGUAUGAAAAUCUCACUAAAGAAUUGGCAAAAUUUUCCUAUUUAGUUCAAAGCCAAAGAAAGAAAAAAAAAAAAACCCUGCAACUUACGAAACACUAUGGUUUGUCAUACAAUAGCCAAGUUUCAAAUUUAUGCAAUUUUAAAAAGGUAUUAUAUUAAACCAUUAAAAAUUCAACAGUGAAUGUAUAAAAAAGGUUUAUUAAGCAAAUAUAAGGUGCCAUUAGCACACUGAAGCAUUUUUAAUAAUCUUUCAUUUGACAGCAUAAUGACUAUGCCUUGCUCUUGGCACCUUGUUUUCAACCUGAAAGCUUUUCUGUUUUAUAUUGUUGCUUGUGUGUUUGCUUGCUUCUUUGUUUUGUUUGAAGAAGUAAGGAUAAGCGCGAAACAUGUUCAAAGGGGAAGUUAUUGGACAACUUAUUAACAGUACCUACAGUGCCCAGGGUACAACGGAAACCAUUUGUAGAAGGGACUUGACCUCACUCCCUUCUACCUUCUUCUCAAGUCUCACCAUCCUGGUUUGGAAACAGAUUCGUUUGAUCAAACUCAGAUCCCGCUCAUCCAGAUUUUUGAUUCCUCUCCUGUCGGCAGCGCCCGCCAGCAAUCCUCUCCUAGGGUCUGCCUGACUAUAGAACUUCUGGUCUCAAGUCAAGGGCACGACCAAUGGAGCCAUUAGCCAUAGCAACUUAAAGCCCAAAGCUAAGACUAACAGGAAGCUGUCCAGGUGCUCAGAGAAGCCUGAGGACUUAGGAACUGUCAACACAGUGUAAUAGUAUGGUCUGACCGUCAAAGCAAUGACGCUGUAUUUUUCUCCCCCUGUUAACAAAAGAAUAAUUUUUUAAAUCCUCUAAUAAGUUCUUGAGCUUCAAAGGUAAAUAACUAAGUUGAUGAGAAAGGUGGUGUCUACCUCACUGAUUUGUCACCAGAUACCAUCCUAAAUGCAUUUUCCACUAAAUUUCUGUGGGCAACCGAUUAGUGCGUCUGUUUUCAGGGCAGUAUCCAAAAAGGAAAAUACCAAUAUUACCCUUUUCAUUUUUAGUGGUAGCAAACAUUUCAAUCGGGGAAAAUUGAUAUUACUCUGGUAGUUUUUACAUGGUUCUUGGCCAAAACUGUUAUAACGAUUUAAACAGAACUUCAGUAAAAGAUAUUAGGGGUGAAGAAAAGACCAUCUCAAAAUAUUGUACUUUGCUGUACAUCCAAUUAGAAAUCAAUCAAAUUUGGAUUAAGAUAUCUUUUUAAUUCUUUGUAAAAAAAAUAUCUUUAGGUGGUUUUGAAAUUAAUAUUUCUCAUUUUACUCUAAGUCUUUUAAAAAGUACUAUUAUAAAUUAAACCAGAUGGUAUAUAGUAAAGCACCUCGUACAACACUGGACAGGAGGUAUUCAUUUUCUUUUUUGAAAAUAUUCCAGAAGAAAUCAUUCAACUCACAUUUGCCACUAAUUACUUAGUCUUCUAAAAUUUUUCUGUGGCUUUCUAAACACUCAAACUUUUAAAUGUGUGUGAGUAUAAAUGUAGAUUUUCACUCACUGUCACUUUAAAAUAGAGAAUAUUUUGGGCACUUGUGUGGUUCGUUUGGUUAAGCAUCUGCCUUCAGCUCAGGUCAAGAUCCCAGAGUCCCACAUCGGACUUCCUGCUCAGCGGGCAGUCUGC